AUGCAUCCGCUUUUACCCAAUAUUUCACAAGAGAUUUAUGAUCAAUUAUGGGCAAAAUCAGCGGAGUUAGCUUCAUAUAACAAGCAAUAUGAAGAAAUGCGGGAGUCUAAUAAAGAUUUAAAGCGAAAAUUGUUAUCAUAUCAAAAUCAUUUCUUGUAUCGAGGCCCUUUAGUCUAUAAAAGGAUCUCAAAACGUUUAUCCACCGAACAGUCACUUGCAAAAUUCUCAAUUAAGAAUACAAUAUUAAGCGAAUUAACAGAUUCAGUCGUUAUUAACUUUAUCAAGUCAAUUAUCGAUAAUAGACAAACACUCAUAUACAGACUUAACUUAGAUCCGCAAAUCAAUCAACAUAGCGAAUACAAUUUAUUCUUUUUAUCAUUUUUACCUCUUGAUUUUUUCGCAACUUACGUAAUUCCUCCAAUUUUUGGAUUUUUCACAGGAUCAUCAAAUAUAUCUGAUUUUAUAGAAGCUGUCAGUAUGGCAUUUGACGUAGAAGCCGUUCAUCCUGAGCCUUUUAUUGCAAAUUUUCAUAAAACGUUCUUAUGCGCUGUACUCACUCGUUUUUUUCUAAUGCCACAGUUUAACAAAUUCAUUUUCAAGCAUCUUUCAGGAGUUUACGAAUUUUAUAAUCAAUUGAAAAUCCAACCAUCGGAAGAGCUUACAAAAAUGCAGUAUUCAAAGUUCUUUGCCUCAUUCCUAAUGGAAAUGACCGCUGCUGUUCCAUUCUGGCCUAAUUUCUUAAGAUUUUUAUUCCAAAGAUUAUCAAGAAAGUUUCCUGUUAAAUUUACAAUAGUUAUCAGUGUAAUUAUACACUGCAUAUUGAUCCCGCUUCUCCAACAUCCAAAAUUAUACGGAGUUGUGCCUGAAGCCUGUAAUCUUCCAGAAAUCAACUUUGAAGGGUUCAAAGAUUUCAUUUUAACACUUUGCGAUCCAUCACUAACAGGAUUGCGCAAGAAUGAAGCCUUUGAACGAGGAAUUAUUGCAAAUUUAGUUGCAGUUUUGUUAGAUCCGACCCAGCCAACUAAUUAUGGUCCUGAAAUUGAUGAAUCCGCAAUCUCUGCCAUUGCUUUAUUGGCUCUUUCCAGGUUUGAAACCGAUGUUGCCGCUAAAGAAGCAAUUUCAACUUUAGUUUCUUCGAUUCCUGGCUGUUCAAUCUUCUCUUUCUCCAUAGAAUCAAAGCGAAAGAGGUACAGAUGCGAUGAAUCUUUGAAUCUCUUGUUAGAACUCCUCACACAGACAAAUCCAGAUUAUAAUAUCUACAAUUUAUCGCCAAGAUUAUCAGCGAUAAAGAGCACAUUGUCACAGAGAUACUUUGAAUAUGACAGAGUCCUUGAAAAUCUCGACAAAGAGCUAGAAAAGUGCACAAAUUCCAUGGUCGACCUUGUAGGAGACUCCAAACAGCUUACAGAGAUGAUUACUAUGUGCGAGGCAAGUCUUAGAAGAUCAGAGACCAUACAAGUCUCCAGGAUCAUCGCUCAAAUGCGUGAAGAAAAUAAUGUUUUGAGCGAUGCUGAAAAAAGAAAGACCACUUUUGCAAAUGAUGUUAAUUCUUUAGGCCAAUUCUGCGUUUGGAACUUGGAUAACUACUAUAGUCGUAACCAAUGGCUAGAGGAUCUUAUGCCUUUAGUCGCUAGAACCUUCCAUUCUCAAUUGGUCAGCGAAUAUCCAAUAACAGGAAUUUCAAGGACACAGGGAAGUUCCGACGCCGAUAGAAAAUUAAUUUCAAGGAAAAAAGAAAUUUUGGAAAAAAUCAAAACAAGAGGUGUCGAUAGUCAAACGAUGAAAGUCAUCAACGACACAUCAGCUCUAGAACCUGUUGCAAAUAGAUUAGUCGCUGCAAGUAAGAUUGAUUCCCCUUGUGAUUGUACAAUUUUGAUUGAAGAAGCACUUGGAAAUGCAGAAAACUUGUUUUUAUUUGCUAAUGGUGUUGUCCCUGAAGCGAAUCAGUUGAUGCCGACCCUUGCAACAUUGUUCGUUGUUGCACAAAUGGAAAGUCCUUUUUCUUUUUGUAAUUGGCUGAAUAAUCACCUCUCUUCUGUCUGCGAACUAAGACCAGAUUGGUUUAAGAAUGGAGAUGGUGCAAGAAUGGAACAUUUCUUCAAGUUAGGUGAAUGGAUUCAAGAACUUUUAGAUGAAUAA